AGUUGUUGCUACCGGCAACGUUUCGUGUUCAUUCUCUAAACCGGCACGAUUCUGGUUUACGUGAUCUGCGCGGUUAGUUGUUUGGAGGUAUAUUUGUGACUUCAAAGUUAUACUUUUAUUUCAUCGCUGUACUGAUAUAAUACAGCGCCUCAACGGCAAUAUGAGAGGUCAGUCAGGAAUGCAUAAACCUCCAAUUCAAGAACAAAUAUCGGAAAUCACCAAAAAAAUUUCGCUUUUGGAGGGUGAUCGUAAAGCUUAUUAUGAAAGUUCACAAUGGUCAAUCAAGAAGAACAGAGAGAUUAUCGCGAGAAUGAGACAAGAGAAUAAAACAUUGCACAAGACAUUAGCAGAUCUGCUUGCGGGAGAUGAUAAAGUUAUAGAUGAAGCAUUUGAAGGUAGACAUGUGGAACGAGCAGCAUUGCGUAACAAGUCUGGAAAAACUGCUAUCAUGAUUAUAGAUCAAAAGGUUUGUGACAGUAAGAAGAGAUUGAAUGCUUUGAAAUCGACGAGUGAAGCAAGAAAAAGAAAAUUGAAUGAACUUCAAACCCAACAUGAUCAGAUGGUGAAGGACAAAUCAGCUGCUGAAGAGUUAGAUAAAGGAGAGAGUGAAUCAGCUCAGCAUUUAAGACAACUGGAAAAUCGUUUGGAUAAAGCAAGAUUAAAAAGUCAGGAAGCAGAUCACAUCAGUAAAGUUUAUGAAAAAAUCAAAGCCCAUUUACAACAGGAGAGUCUGACUUUCCAUAAUCAAUUAGAUGCUCAGGAAGCAGAUAUAUUAAAAACAAGACAUGAAUUAAAAGAAGUUCAGUCCAUGUAUAGUGAUGCUCAAGUUGCAAGAGAUGAUGCUAAAGAGGAAUUAGCAAGACAUGAAGCUAUUGUUUACAAAGAGAGAAAAGAAAGAGAAGAAGCUCUGGCUGAACUCAAACUACAAGCUGAAGAAAAGAAGGCUCAUGCAGAAAGAGUAGAACGAAGGAUGCAGAGAGCAGCAUUAGGUGAGCAAGAACUUGGACAGGAGGGACAGAAACCUGCUCUCACCGAAGAAGAACAAGAGAAGAAAAUCACAACAUUUGAGGAAGCUUUCAUCAGGAUUAAAGAAGCGACUGGAGUAUCGGAUGUGCAAGAAGUUGUGGAUAGAUUCCGUUCCCAAGGAGAAACUCAGAAACAUCUGGAAGAAUUGAAGGCAAACAAUAAGAAACAACUUGAUAGAUUGAAGGAAGAGAAAGAGAAAUUACAACAGGAAUAUGAAGAAAUGAAAUAUUCUGGGGAAGCUAAACUUUCAAAUGGUCAACGAAUGUUGGAAGAAUUUGAGCAGCAUUUGAUGGAAGAGCAGCAAAGACGAGAUGAUGCUGCAGAGAAAUUGGAGAGAGCAAGUGGUAUACUUGUGAGUGUGAAAGCUGGAGUUGAACAUCUUGCAGACAAACUACAACACCUCAAAACGAUGAAAAGUCAUGUUCCAACUGCUCAUUUAUCACCAUCUUCUGAUGAGUAUGUACUUGAUCUUCUCUCAAUAUCAGAGGAAAAACUUCUCAAAUUACUCGAGGAAUUAGAUGGGCGACAGCUUGCAGAUAUAUUGAGACAAAUGGAGGAGGAAGAGUUUCACUCCAGCAUUGAAGGGAAGUUGCCACCAUCGAAUACUCGAAUAAAUCUACCUGCGGCUCAAAAACAUGACGCCUAUGAAGAUGAAGAUGCAGAGAGUGGUGAGGAUGACACUGGAGCGCCAACAAGAGAUGCUUUGAAACGGAGAUCACAACAGAUCGUAGAUACUAAGUUGAAAAAAGGUAGAAGCCGACCAAGAAAAAAGAAAGGCAAAAAUUAAUUGCUGUAUUCUAAACUUUAUGUUGUGCGCCUAUUGGUUUUUCAUGUUAAUAUCACAAGGGUUUGUAUUUUUAUGUGGCAAACUUAUGUUACAUCUGGGUAGUUAAUAUUUGGGCUCAAAUUGAGGGGAGUGUAGAGCAUAGGCACACAUGCCUCGCAACAUGAAAUAAAGCAUUUACAAAGCACAUUCGGUUAUGUAAAAAAAUUAUGAAACUCUCUUAUCAAUAAUCAGCAAAAUAUUCCUAAAUUAAAAUUAUUUUUCACUAAAUCUAUCAGAUCCAAUUGUAUUUUGAAUUUUCUGUCUUUCACCUUGGUUGAGCAAUUUGUAUGGUAAUAGUGUAAAGAAUUUGCAAUGCUUUUGCCUGUCUAUUGGUAGCACAUACCAGUGUUUUCUAAACUUUUUUCCCCAGAGUGCACCUAUUUAACAACCUACGAAAUAUAUAGUUCGAUUAAUUUGUUGAAAAAAUAUAUGUUAUAAAAUAAGUAAGGAGUAUUUGUAUUUGUUGUAAAAAAAAUAAGUCAAAGAAAUAUUUUAAUGCAAUGAAGCAUUUCCUUGGGCUGCAUUUCACCUGUGAUUGACAGGAUUUGGUAAUUUUUUGAAUGAAAAUUAAUUUUUCAUCAUUAAGAUAUUGCACAAAUGCUAGUUUGUCUAAUACUGCACCUCGCUAACCGGUGUUUUGAG